AUGGGCAUAAAAAAUGUAUUCCCUAAUUUUCGAACUUGUUCAGUCUUGGUUGCCCAGAAAAACCAGUCAGAAUUUCAAAUGAUACUUGUUCCUCUUCUAUUUCUUCUCCCAAUUUUGUUGUGCGGUGGGAAAAAGAAAAAAGCGAACAAAAAUGUGAAAGAGGCGUCGAAAGUGAACUCACUGGUUCCACCGUCGACCUCUACGGACCCGCUGAAGACUAAAGAGAAGGAGAUGAAAAAAGAAGAAGCUCCGGGAGCACCAGACGCCCCGACUAAGCCGAAAAGUCCUCCGAAACCAGUGGUCCAGGACACGAAACUUGCUGAAGUGCUGCCUGAAAGUGAGAAGGAAGACGAAAUGAAGAAUGGUAUUCAGUUGCCGAAUCCGCCGAAAAAUUUGAAAUGCGAAAGUGAAAUUGCUCCAAAGGAAAAGCCGGCGGCUGACGAAAAGAAGGACGAGAAAAAAGAUGAAAGCAAGAAGGAUAAGAAGGAAGAGAAAAAGGAGGAGAAAAAAAAGGAAAAUGACGAAAUUAUGUGAAAAAUUCGAUAAAUUGGUUCUUGAAGA